AUGAAGGACAAUGUGUUGGAAUCCGUACGAUCGACGGUUUUUAAGCAAUCCGAUUCGCUUGACGGAUCGUGCACGAAAAUUGAGGGAUACGAUUUCAACAGGGGAGUGGACUAUCACGAGGUUCUCAAGUCCAUGGCGUCCACUGGAUUCCAGGCCUCCAAUCUUGGUGAUGCCAUUCAACUCGUUAAUGAAAUGCUAGAUUGGAGGCUUUCGGAUGAGAAUCAUACAGAAGAAUGCAGUGAAGAGGAGAGAGACCCAACUUACAGAAAGUCUGUCAAAUGCAAAGUGUUUCUCGGUUUCACAUCAAAUCUGAUUUCUUCAGGAGUCAGAGACAUAAUCCGGUAUCUUGUUCAGCAUAGCAUGAACCAUUUUGCAAAAAACCCUCCAGCCUGCAUUUCCACUGCCUGCGAUUCAUCCUUGUUCGCUUCAGGCUCUUGCGAUUCAGCCUUGUUCAAUUCAGCUGGGUCCGUUCCUGCCGCCAUUCCGCCCACCGCCAGACCAGUCCGUCCAAAGCCAAAGAUAGAAGCCAUGAAGGACAAUCUCUUGGACUCCGUACGAUCCACGGUGUUCAAACAGUCUGAUUCGCUUGAUGGAAUUUGCACGACAAUCGAGGGCUACGAUUUCAACAAGGGAGUGGACUAUCAUGAGGUUCUCAAGUCCAUGGUGUCCACUGGCUUCCAGGCCUCCAAUCUUGGUGAUGCCAUUCAACUCGUUAAUGAAAUGCUAGAUUGGAGGCUUUCAGAUGAGAAUCUGACAGAAGAAUGCUGUGAAGAGGAGAGAGACCCAGCUUACAGAAAGUCUGUCAAGUGCAAAGUGUUUCUUGGUUUCACUUCCAAUCUGAUUUCUUCAGGUGUCCGAGACAUAAUCCGGUAUCUUGUUCAGCAUCGCAUGGUUGACGUAGUGGUAACGACAGCAGGUGGUGUGGAAGAGGACCUUGUAAAAUGCCUUGCUCCCACAUACAAAGGUGAAUUUUCUCUUCCCGGAGCUGUUCUACGUUCAAAAGGAUUGAACCGCAUUGGUAACUUGUUGGUUCCUAAUGACAACUACUGCAAAUUUGAGGACUGGAUCAUUCCAAUUUUCGACCAGAUGUUUGAUGAACAAACUUCGAAGAAUACACUGUGGACGCCAUCUAAAGUGAUUUCUCGAUUGGGGAAAGAGAUCAACAAUGAGAGUUCAUACUUGUACUGGGCAUACAAGAACAAUAUUCCUAUCUUCUGCCCUGGCUUAACAGAUGGUUCACUGGGUGAUAUGUUGUAUUUCCACUCCUUCAAAAAGGAGCCUGGUCUAGUUAUCGACAUCGUGCAAGAUAUUAGGUCCAUGAAUGGUGAGGCGGUCCAUGCUGGUCUCAGGAAGACUGGAAUGGUAAUUCUUGGAGGGGGGCUGCCCAAGCAUCAUAUAUGCAAUGCAAAUAUGAUGCGUAAUGGUGCGGAUUAUGCUGUAUUUAUCAACACAGCACAAGAGUUUGAUGGAAGUGAUUCAGGUGCCCAUCCCGACGAAGCUGUUUCCUGGGGUAAAAUUCGUGGUUCUGCUAAGACAGUUAAGGUGCACUGUGAUGCAACUAUUGCUUUCCCUCUCCUGGUAGCAGAAACAUUUGCUGCCAAGGCAAAAAGCUCUGUUGAGGCCACUUCUCGAGUUAAAUCUGGACCCCUGUAG